AUGCCUUCUGAAAUCCCACCAUGGAGAGAGCCCAUUGCCAUCGUGAGCAUGGCAUGUCGCCUACCGGGUGGCAUUGACAAGCCGUUGGACCUUUGGGACCAUGUUCGAGCAGGCCGUUCAUCGGCCACGCCUAUACCAAAGGAUCGGUUCAACACUGAGAACUUCCUGUCUAUGGACCCUAACAAGAAGGGGGAACAAGCCUUCAGAGGUGCUCACUUCGUGAAGGGGGACAUCAAGCAGUUUGACCACAAGUUCUUUGGUAUAAGCAAAGACACGGCAACAGCCAUGGAUCCCCAGCAGAAGCAACUGCUUGAGGUUGUCUAUGAGUGUCUUGAGUCAGCCAAUAUCUCUAUGGAGACAAUCUCCAAGUCCAAGAUCGGCUGUUACUGCGCCAUGUUUGUGAGUGACUAUCACGACAUGUUGAUGCAGGAUCCGGAGUAUCUUCCGACAUUUAUCGCCAUUGGCACGACUCGAACUAUGCUUGCCAACCGUAUCAGUCAUGCACUUGACCUUGGAGGUCCCAGCGUUACCAUUGACACAGCAUGUUCAGGCUCAUUAGUCGCCCUGCAUCUUGCCUGUCAAGCGCUGCAAGCGGGCGAGUGUGACGGUGCCGUAAUUGGUGCCUCCAACCUGUUCCUGAGUCCCGACUAUGCGCUGUCUCUCACGCGUCUGGGUGCUAUCGCUGCAGAUGGCCAGUGUAAGACAUUUGACGCAGCCGCCAACGGUUAUGGCCGUGGUGAAGGCACCAACGCUGUGUACAUCAAGAGGCUCAGCGACGCCAUCCGAGAUGGCGACAGCAUCAGAGCCGUCAUUCGAGGAACUUCUUCCAACAGCUCCGGUGCUACGCCAGCUAUCACUGAGCCUUCUGGCAGUGCCCAGAGAGACACGAUCCUGCAAGCAUAUGCUCAAGCUGGAAUUGAGAGCUUCAGCGAGACAGGGUACUUUGAGUGCCAUGGUACCGGAACGCCUGUUGGUGAUUGUAUAGAGCUCGGCGCUGUGGGAGCAGUGUUCAGUGAGAGUCACAAGUCCCAAGAUCCUCUUUGGGUCGGUUCGACGAAACCUAAUGUGGGACACUCGGAAGCGGCGAGUGGUCUUAGCAGUCUGAUGAAAGUGGUGCUGGCACUGGAGAAGGGAGAAAUCCCGCCCAACACCAACUAUAAAACACCCAACCCCAAGAUUGACUUUGAUGGAUGGAGAGUUCGUGUCGCUACGGCACCGCAACCUUGGCCUUUCAAAUCCAUCCGACGAGCAAGUGUCAACUCCCUUGGUAUCGGAGGAUCAACCGCUCACGCCGUCGUUGAAUUCUAUGAACCGCCCAUGAUCACCAAUGGCAUCGCCAAUGGAGUUAACGAUACCGAUGGUGUGAAUGGCACACAUGACGUCAGUGUUACCAACGGUACUAAUGGCCAUGCCGGCGAGUCCUCCCCUUCAUUCCUCGUGUUUACAUCUGGCGCGUCUCGUGAUUCCCGAGAAACAAACACUGCCAACCUUCUCGAGUUCCUCAAGACUCACGAAGAAUGCCAUGAAUUGACCGCUCCUCUUAUCACGGCACUGAAUGCGCGAAGCCAGAUUCACAUUCGGCCAUGGAAGUCUUUCGCUGUUGCGCAGACUGUUGGCGACCUCAUCCAGCAGCUCGAGGGCAAUGCGCUCAAGUCCAAUCAGGCGCCAACUGGCAGCAGCGAACCCAAGAUUCUCUUCACAUUCACUGGCCAAGGAGCGACAUGGUCGCAGAUGGGAAAGCGCCUCCUCGAGGCAUUCCCUGUCGCGCGCAACACCUUGUUCCUUUUGGACGAUGUCAUUCGAGAACUUUCCUCUUCGGAAAAGUCAGCUUGGACUCUAACAGACAAGCUCACUAGUGAGCUUACACAAGAUGAGAUCAACUCGCCAACACUCGCCCAUCCUCUUUCUCUGGCGGUGCAAAUUGCUCUCACCGACGUGCUCUCCAGCUGGGGCGUUCUCCCAGAUGGUGUUGUUGGUCACUCAGGUGGUGAGACAGCCGCUGCAUACGCUUGUGGUGCCCUUACUGCCAAGGAAGCCAUCACGGUCGCUUACUACCGAGGAAUCGCGUGUGAGAACGCUCCAUCGGGUGCCAUGCUGGCCGUGAGAAGCGCACCAGACACGAAGGAACUUCAAGAUGCUCUGGAGCGCCAUGAUGUGCAGAUUGCAUGUUUCAACGGACCUCAGAACCUGACCCUCGCAGGCCCUACUGAAGGUAUCCAGAACAUCGCCACCGAGCUGAACAGUCACGGCAUCGUCUCGAGGAAUGUUGCUGUUACUCGCGCAUACCACACUCGCUCUAUGAAGACGGUGGUUGAUGAUUAUAUGGAGAAGCUCCGAAACGUCCUUCACCCGAAGGCAGGACGUGUUCCCAUGUACUCGUCUGUUACCGGUCGUCAAUUGGUGGGCACUGAAGUUGGUGCUGACUACUGGGGAGCCAACCUCGUUUCGCCAGUUCUAUACACUGAUGCUGUGACACUGGCCAUGGCUCAAGCUGAUCGCAAGUUCGGAGCCUGCGUUGAGGUUGGACCGCACUCACUACUAUCGCGGCCAACAUCUGAGAUUGUCAAGUCUCUCGCUGGCUCGCCUCAAUUGCCUUACUUUUCCACCAUGCUCCGAAAUGCAGACACAAGCCAGCAGCUUAUGAGCCUUGCUGGCGACUUAGUGCUCAAUGGAAAGCAAUUGAGUCUGGAACAAGUGAACAAGUCAAACCCUCUGUUCCAGGGCAAGUCUGUUCGCCUCCCCAACCAUAUCCAGGACAAUCUUCCCGCUUAUGCUUGGGAUUACUCUUCUACACCCUGGACUGAGCCGCGAAACAGUUCAGAGUGGCGAUUCCGAAAGAACCCGCGACACGAGAUUCUGGGAACUCGCUGCCGAGGUGCGAAUCCUUCGGCACCCACGUGGAGGAACAAGGUGUCGAUUGAAGACGCUCCUUGGCUAGUUGACCAUCAGGUCAACGGCAUCGUGACGCUGUCUUUCACUACCGGUAUAGCAAUGGUUGUCGAGGCUAUGAUGCAGGUUCAAGAGGAGAGCAAAGAGAUCAACUGGUCAAACUACUCGUUUGAGCUAGAAGACUUUGUGUUCUCCAAUUCCAUCAUCCUCCCGGACGAGAGCCCGAUUGAUCUCUUUCUCACCUUGAUCCCGAGAAACGACAACGCUCGAUCUGAACAGACGUGGUACGACUUUACCAUUUCUUCGCUCAGAGGCGAUGUUGACAUCCGUCAUUGCCACGGAAAGGCUGCAGUCCUUGAAUCCGACAACGAGAACGGUUCAUCUCUGGGCAGAACCUCCUGGCAUCACAUGCCUCUUGAAGUACCGCUGAAGAGCUACUACAAGACUCUGGAGAGAGUCGGAUAUGGCUAUGGACCCAAGUUCCAGCUACUCUCUGAAGUCCGAGUCCGUCCAGGACUUUCAGCUUGCGCUGCUAAGAUCGACAUGACCUCAACUACGCAGUCGCCGGUUCGUGGCCAGCGGUAUCUUUUGCACCCAGCCAUGAUGGAUGCGGCUCUCCAAACGCCAGCCCUGGCGAACCGCUCGGGCUACUUCCAGGAGAUCGAUACUUUGCUGUUGCCUUCGCGCAUGGAGAAGAUCUCUAUUCGCAUGCCCGCCGACAAGACGGACAUCGCUUGCUGUACCACCAACACAUCUCCCGUUGGCUUCACUCGAAUCCAGGGAGGCGUCCAAUGCUACGACGCGAUGUCCAAACCUUUCUUCGUUGUCGAGGGUCUGCAGAUGGACAGGGCCACGAGUGAGGACCAGCCCACUCUUCCGUGGCUGAGGCUCACCUGGAAGCCUGAUAUCGGCGACAUCUCGAACAAUGACAACUUGGCCAGUUCCAUUCAGAUCAAGAGUCUUCCCGCAGAAAAGAAGCUUGUCAAUCUCGAAGACCUGGUCAAGGAGCUCAUCCCUCUCAUUGUUGAGAAUGGCGUUGAGAAGGGCAAGGACCUCGCUCCCCACCUGCAAUCGUACCACACCUGGAUGCUUGAACAAGCUGAGCUGCAUCAGGACAGACUAGUGGCCCGCCACAAGCAAAACGGGUUUGCAACAGUUCGAGAAGCCAUCUUGAAGGUCGUCGCUAACUCGGGAAUCUCUGAGACUGUCGAUGCUGCCAUCGUAUCUCAGCUGGCCCUCAACAUGGCAAAGAUCUUCCAAGGCGAAGUCGAGGCGCUGGCCGUUUGGCUCGAGAAUGACCUUCUAUACAGGUUCUACGAGGAAAGCAUCUUCACAACAAGCAUGAACCAGAAGCUCCGUUCCGUUGCCGAGCUUUUAGCGCACAAGAACCCCAACAUGAAGGUUUUGGAGAUCGGAGGCGGAACUGGUGGUGCGACAACUGAGUUGCUGCACGGUUUCUCCAAGGCGGGAGGGCCAGAUGCGUACCAAUCGUUUACUUUCACGGACAUCUCAGCAGGUUUCUUCGAAAAGGCUAAGAAGAAGUUCGCGGUCUGGGAUAGAAUGGACUUCAAGACUCUUGACAUCGAGAAGGAUAUCUCGGAACAGGGCUUCGGUGCGGAGAAGUAUGACCUCGUGGUCGCAGCCAAUGUGCUGCAUGCUACUGCUGAUCUACCAUUCGCGAUGAAAAACAUCCGCUCGUUGCUGCGUGACGACGGAUACCUAUUGGUUGGCGAACUAUCAGAAGAUCUCACUUCAGCAAACUUCCUUUGGGGACCAUUGACCGGCUGGUGGCUGCGCCCCCGAUCACCUGGCCGCUCUGGACCUGGACUUUCCAUGGACGAAUGGCGACAAGAGCUUGCUGCGGACUUCGACAGCGUUUCCGAGAUACAAGCUAAGCGUGAGACAGCCAGCAAUGGUCAAAUCUCAAGCACUAUUGUCAUGACUGCGAGAGCGAAGCCCGUCGACUACACUCCUCCCGAGCCACUUUCGGAACAGAAGGUGCAUAUCGCAGGAGUGAACAGCGUCUCGGCAACUCGAGAUCAUAUCGAACAGUUCCUUGACAAAAAGGGUGUUUCAGCCACUUCAGGCAAGCUCGAGGAUCUUACUUCACGAGAAUGGUCGGGCGAAUGGCUCAUUCUUGUUGACGAGACUGAUGGAAGCUUCCUCGCUUCUCUUGAUGCUAAGCAGCUGGAGGCAUUGAAGUCAUGGCUCACUAAGCCCAUCAAGUGCAUCUGGAUCACCCGCAAGGUAUAUCUCGACCCGCAAAGCACGACAGGAGGUCUUGUGACGGGUUUCGCACGAACACUCAGGAUGGAGAACAGCCAGCUUGAGCUGUAUACUCUGGACUUGAGCAGUGAAGGUGAUAUUACGCCCGGUAUCAUUUACCACGUUCUGGAGCGAAUCCAUUACUCUCACGGCGAUCCUAUUUCUAAGCUGGAUUAUGAAGUGGCUGAGAAGGACGGCCAGCUGUGGACAUGCAGGCUUGUCAAGGACUCGGGUCUGGAGGACGCUUAUGGUCCCGCCCGAAAGAUGAACGUGCCUGUCAUGGAGGUAUCGCAGGCCCCGCAUCACUUGGUGGUGAGGGAGCCAGGAAUCUUGGAGAGCCUUACUAUGGCACAAGACGAUGGGUACUCAACAUUGCCAGAUGGGCAUGUGCUUGUUGACGUCAGGGCCAUUGGACUUGACGAGCGGGAUGGUCGAAUUGCCCAAGGAGCUCUUCCAGCGUUGGAGUUUGGUCGUGAAUGCUCUGGUGUUGUCAGGAGCUGUGCUGCUGAUGUCACUUCAGUCAGCCCUGGAGACCGCGUUGCUGUCAUUGGACAAGGAACCUUCGCGACGCAGUACCUGGCACCUUCGACCUGUUGUCGCAAGAUUCCUGACUGGCUCUCGUUUGAGGAUGCGGCUGCGAUCCCUACAAGCUUUGUCACCGCGCUGUAUGCACUUACCACGCCUGCGAGAGUCUCUAUAGGCCAGAAAAUUCUCAUCGCCAAUGCUACAUCGACUCAAGGCAUCGCUCUAGUCAAAAUGGCGAAAGCACUCAAGCUUGAUGUUCACGCCACCACAACUGACAGCGACAAGUCUCUUCUCACCAAGUAUGGCGUCGGUGCAUUGAAGAUCUUUACGGUUGCACCAAACGUCGGCCGCUCCACCGCCGCGCAUGCCAUGAGUGGACAUACUUACAGACUCAUUCUGAACACUCAAUCGGGACAAUAUGCAGGCUUUUCGCACGCGAUAGCCAAGCGGGGAACCUAUGUCGAGAUUGGAUCUGGCGAAGCACAAGGGGAUGAUAGCAAUCUCCGGCCUAACAAGAACGUCAUGUUUGCUUCCAUCGAUCUUUCAGAUGCCUAUCAUGAGAGUAGCGAUGAUCUCGGAGAACUAUUGGAUCAGAUUAUGCGUAUGGUUGAGAGGCAGGAGGUCGAUACCUACAUGCCACUCGAGGUGUCCGGGCUUCAUUCUCUUCCAACCGCUUUCUCAGCUCUAUGUACAGAUGUUCACAAGAAACAAGUGAUAUCACUUGCAGACAGUAGCGAUACGCAAUUGGUCAAGACACAACCCAAGACAUCACCCUUCGACCAUCGAAAGACAUACAUCAUCACUGGUGGUCUUGGCGGUCUAGGACGUGCAAUCGCAGUUUGGAUGGCCAGUUAUGGUGCUCGAAACCUCAUUCUUGCUACCAGCUCGGUCGCGAAGGCCUCACAGUCUGGCGAUCUUUUGCAGCAGCUGUCUUCAUAUGGGUGCAACGCCAGAGUUGAGGUCUGCGACGUCGGCAACUACUCAGCUGUGGAACGACUUAUUGCCAGUGCGAAUACACCAGUUGGUGGCGUCAUUCAUUCAGCAUUGAGACUUAGCGAUCGCUUCUUUGAGGACAUCACCCUCAAGGAUUUCGAUGCGGUUUUCGGUCCCAAGGUCAACGGUGCACUGAACCUCCACAACUGUCUUCAAGGACAGCACCUAGAUUUCUUCGUCAUGCUCAGCUCGGGAUGUGGUGUUCUAGGUAACGAGGGCCAGUCGAACUAUUCGGCGAGCAGCACCUUCCUCGACACCUUUGCUCGUUAUCGACAGAGCCUCGGUCUUCCAGCUUCGUCUGUUGAUCUCGGCUUUGUUGAAGAUGUUGGAAACAUCAGUGAGCGUCCCGAGAUUCAAGCUUCCUUGCUGUCUCGUGGUCUCAGGCCUAUCACAGUACGAGAUGUUCUACGCGUGGUAGAGGGUGCUAUUGCCACCGGUCUGCCUGAGAACCCCACAGCUCCCAAGGACUCUGCCUAUGAUAACUUCGCCCAAGGCCAGAUUGUUCUCAGCUUUGGCAUGAUUGAUAAAGCCACAUCUGAAUGGCAGUCUUGGGCCAAGGACGCCAAGUUUGGUAUGCUGCGAUCUAGAGCUACUGAUAACGCGGCGAGUGAUGCGGAUGCUGGAAGUGGAGAAAGUGCAGUCCAGACAGCUGUCAAGGCUUUCCGAAGCGCUCUCGGACGGCUUGGCGAUGCGUCCGAGGGUAGAGAAGCUGCUUUACAGCCCACCGUUUGUACCGCUCUUGUUGCCAAGCUGGCACAAGUGCUGUCCAUGAAGAUUGGUGACAUCCAGCCUUCGAGAUCCGCGGUCCAGUACGGUAUGGACUCUCUCAUCGCUAUUGAGGUCAGAUCUUGGGCGAGAUAUGCCUUCCAGAUUGACUUGCCUAUCAGUGACUUGACGAACCCGUAUAGUAUUCAGGACUUGGCGGCGAGGGUUUCUCGAAUGAUUGUGUGA